AUGUCUCAAUCGGUAUCUUCCCCAACGGAGGAUUCCGAGGAAGAAUUGUUCCACCACCCUUCAUGGCCCGAACAGUGGUCUCAUCCCGAAUUCACGGUUUCUCAUGAUGAACGCAGAGCACGGUGGAGACAACAGUCUUGGCAGCAUGACGACCGUGAUUCUGUUAAUUUCAUGAGAAGUGGCAAAUGGCCCUGGGGCUUCAUUAUUUAUCGCACCGUCUAUACCCCUGAGUCGGACCAAGUAUGGUCGGCUUGUCUCAAGGAAAUCGAGGAAUGCGUCCGCUGCGAGAUCGAUCUGGGCGGAAAGGACUUUCUAGAUGAAAUUCCUGAGAAAAUUCUCUCAGAGACAUUCAAAAACGUUGUUCUUGAAGAUCAGGAACGCUGGGACUCCGCAUCAGUGAAGCAGAUUCGUGCUGACUUCAUCGCGCACUUGGAAUCACUCGGUUUGUCUGUUGGAGACGACAUGCCUCGGUCAUGUUUCUGUCUUUUUAUUGAUGAUGCAUGCUUGCAAUCUAUCAGAAAUACAUUCGACGAGCCUGAAAAUAACAGGGGGAGUUGGGCUCCGCCAGGAUUUGUUGGAAUUAUUGAUCCUAGUUAUGUUGAGGGUCGAAGCUAUGACAACAUGGAGUAUCGAGGAUUUAUGCGAGUGCAAAUUAAAUGCCUCUUUGGGCUGAUAGCCCGUCAAUUACCUUAUUUUUCUAUGGAAGAAAUUUGCCCGAGAAUGUACCAUGACAUGCGACCCCGGGCCAUCGAUCCAAGGAAGAUUCCUCUUUACACAGGGCUUUGA